UGGCAGGUGUAAAAGAAAGAAAAAAUGAGUAGUGAUUGGUUAUUGACAGCUAUGAAUGGGAAAUUGAAGGUAGUGGACUGUGGGUGACAAAUGUAUUGUUGUAAUUAUUACCACAACUACAUGGGGGACACUACUAACAAGCAAAGUUUUACAACUUUUUAAAGACAUAGACUUUAUGUUCUGAGAAUUAAAAAUCAUACAUUUGUGUCAUAUUAAUGAAAUUGCAUAUGAAAUAUAAAGGCAUGGACAAAGGUGAAGUAGCUUCAAGAGACAGAGUUCUGACAUCAUUGUAAUUUUAAGGAUCGUGGAUAUUCCCGGGAAAGUUUUUGGUUGCCAUUGGGAAUUUCCUCUUUACUGGAUUUGGACAAUAUCCUCCUAUUAUUCACAGGAAGCAAUCCCUCCUAUAAAAGGGCCUCAGCCGCAGUAGUGUUCAGCUGUUCUUGGCUGACUUCACAUCAAAACUACUAUACUGACCUGAGGCAGAGGCAGCAGUGAUACCCAUCUGAGAGAUCCUGUGUUUGAACAACUGCUUCACAAAACGGAAAGUAUUUCAAGCCUAAACCUUUGGGCAAAAAGAACUCUUGAAGUCAUGAUCGCUUCACAGUUUCUCUCAGCUCUCACUCUCGUGCUUCUCAUUAAAGAGAGUGGAGCCUGGUCUUACAACACCUCCACGGAAACUAUGACUUACGAUGAGGCAAGUGCUUAUUGUCAGCAAAGGUACACACAUCUAGUUGCAAUUCAAAACAAAGAAGAGAUUGAGUACCUAAACUCCAUAUUGAGCUAUUCACCAAGUUAUUACUGGAUUGGAAUCAGAAAAGUCAACAAUGUGUGGGUCUGGGUAGGAACCCAGAAACCUUUGACAGAAGCAGCCAGGAACUGGGCUCCAGGUGAACCCAACAAUAAGCAAAACGAUGAGGACUGCGUGGAAAUCUACAUCAAGAGAGACAAAGACAUGGGCAUGUGGAAUGAUGAGAGGUGCAGCAAGAAGAAGCUGGCCCUGUGCUACACAGCUGCCUGCACCAAUACAUCCUGCAGUGUCCACGGUGAAUGUGUAGAGACCAUCAAUAAUUACACUUGCAAGUGCGCUCCUGGGUUCAGUGGACUCAAGUGUGAGCAAGUUGUGAACUGUACAGCCCCGGAAUCCCCUGAGCAUGGAAGCUUGGUUUGCAGUCACCCACUGGGAAACUUCAGCUACAAUUCUUCCUGCUCUGUCAGCUGUGAUAGGGGCUACCUGCCAAGCAGCAUGGAGACCACACAGUGUAUGUCCUCUGGAGAAUGGAGUGCUCCUAUUCCAGCCUGCAAUGUGGUUGAGUGUGAUGCUUUGACAAAUCCUGCCAAUGGGUUUGUGGAAUGUUUCCAAAGUCCUGGAAGCUUCCCAUGGAACACAACCUGUACAUUUGACUGUGAAGAAGGAUUUGAACUAAUGGGAGCCCCGAGCCUUCGGUGUACCUCAUCUGGGAAUUGGGACAAUGAGAAGCCAAUGUGUAAAGCUGUGACAUGCAGGGCUAUCCCCGAGCCUCAGAAUGGCUCUGUGACGUGCAGCCAUUCCCCUGCUGGAGAGUUCACCUUCGACUCUUCCUGCAACUUCACCUGUGAGGAAGGCUUCAUGCUGCAGGGUCCAGCCCAGGUUGAAUGCACCACUCAAGGGACAUGGACACCGCAAAUCCCAGUUUGUGAAGCUUUCCAGUGCACGGUCUUGUCCAGCCCUGCGCGAGGCCACAUGAAUUGUCUUCCUAGUGCUUCUGGCAGUUUCCAGAAUGGAUCCAGCUGUGAGUUCUCCUGUGAGCAGGGAUUUGUGUUGAAGGGCUCCAAAAGGCUCCAGUGUGGCCCCACAGGGGAGUGGGACAACGAGAAGCCCACAUGUGAAGCUGUGAGAUGUGAUGCUGUUCGCCAGCUCCCGAGGGGCAUGGUGAGGUGUGCUCAUUCUCCCCUUGGAGAAUUCACCUACAAGUCCUCUUGUGCCUUCAGCUGUGAGGAGGGAUUUGAAUUACAUGGAUCAACUCGACUCGAGUGCACAUCUCAGGGACAAUGGACACAAGAGGUUCCUUCCUGCCAAGUGGUGAAAUGUUCAAGCCUGGCAGUUCCGGGAAAGAUCAACAUGAGCUGCAGUGGGGAGCCUGUGUUUGGCACUGUGUGCAAGUUCGCAUGUCCUGAAGGAUGGACGCUCAAUGGCUCAGCAGCUCUGACGUGUGGUGCCACAGGACACUGGUCUGGGAUGCUGCCUGCCUGUGAAGCUCCCACCGAGUCCAACAUUCCCUUGGCAGCUGGACUUUCUGCCGCUGGAGUCUCUCUCCUAACAUUAGUACCAUUUCUCCUCUGGCUUCGGAAAUUCCUUCGAAAAGCAAAGAAAUUUGUUCCUGCCAGCAGCUGCCAAAGCCUUGAAUCAGAUGGAAGCUACCAAAAGCCUUCUUACAUCCUUUAAGUUCAAAAGAAUCAGAAAUACAGGUGCAUCUGGAGAACUAGAGGGAUACACUGAAGACAACAGAGACAGAGAACUCUCCCCGGGUCUCUGGCCCUUCUUGCCUGCUAUACCACAUGCCUUUAUGGGUGAAACCGCAACACCCACCACCACUUCAGUGGAUCAAAGUCCAGUGGGCAAGGCCAGCCUUUGACUGAAUGGACUCAGUGUUCUCUUUCCUACUCUCAGGGUCAAGAAAGUGUUGGCUGAUGAAAGGAAAGGACAUUUUCUUCCAAGCAAAGGCGAAGAGACCACGACUGUGAAAUCUCAGAAUUCCUUUUCUAACUCCCCCUUGCUUGCUGUGAAAUCUUGGUAUAGAAACACAACAUUUUAUGGCUUUGUUUCUUUCUUUUGCCCUUCACAGUGUUUCAAAAGCUGAUUCCACAGUUGCUGUCAUAAGAAUGAAUAAUAAUUAUCAAGAGUUCAGAGGAAAAAAUGGCUAAAAAUAUUCUAUUUCUAACUUGAAAAAAUGACAGAUUUUGAAUGCACAUAGGCCAAUGCAUGGAGGGUUGUUAACGGUGCAAAUCCUACUCAACGCUCCGUGGGUUACUAUGCACAAUUUAAUCACUUUCAUCCCUAUGGGAUUCAGUGCUUCUUAAAGAGUUCUUAAAGAUUGUGAUCUUUUUUACUUGCAUUGAAUAUAUUAUAAUCUUCCAUAGUUCUUUAUUCAAUACAAGUGGUGUAGGGACUUAAAAAACUUGUAAAUAUGUAAAUUUAUAAACUGUUAUGGGUAAAAGUUACUUAUCCUAGAUUACCCCCUCUUUGUUUGUUAACAAAUUAUGUUACAUCUCUUAUAAAUUUAUUUCAAAAAGGGAAACACUUGUCCCUAGCAAGGCAUGAUGUUAAUCAGUGUAAAGUUCUGAGUGUUUUUACUACAGUUGGUUUUUAAAAACAUGGUGAUAUCAGAGAGUAAAAACUGAAUGGAACGUUUGUAUUUUGUCAGGUAUCUUUUUCAGAAAUGUGUGGUUUCCAUGAUGAAAAACUUCCAUGAGGUCAAAUGUUUUGAUCUAAUAAAGGCAUAAAUGCAAAUGCACGAAGGUACAAUUUUCUGAAUGUCUUUGUUGGAAAAGAAUGCAGAGGAUGGAUGUGCUUUGCAUUCCUACAAAGAUGUUUGUCAGAUGUAAUAUGUAAACAUAAUCCUUGUAUAUUAUGGAAGAUUUAAAAUUCAUGAUAGAAACUCACCAUAUAAAAGAGUCAUCUAGUAGACUUUUAAAGAAUGAAGAUGGCUAAUAGUUAUUCCCUAUUUGUUUUCUUCUGUAUGUUAGGGUGCUCUGGAAGGGAGGAAAGCCUGUAUGAGCAAGCAUUUGUGUUUAUUUAUAAGCAGAUUAAAAAAUCCCAAAGGAAAUGUCCAGUUUUCGGUUGAUCACUGGCAAUGAGAAAUUCUCGGUUAGUAAUUGUCAAAGCUGCUCUAGCCUUGCGGAGUGUGAGAAUCAAAACUCUUCUGCACUUCCAUUAACUUAGCAUGUGUUGAAAAAGAAAGUUUCAGAGAAGUUCUGGCUGAACACUGGCAAUGACAAAGCCAGCAGUCAAAAGGGCGAUGUCAUAAGGAUCAGAACAGCCCCUUUUUAAGGAGCAGAAAAACUCCGGGAAAUAACAGAGAACAACUACUGUGAUCAGGCUAUGUGUGGAAUGAAUUGUUUCUUUCUUUGAAAUUGUUUGUGUUGUAAAUAUUUAUGUAAACUGCAUUAGAAAUUAGCUGUGUGAAAUACCGAUGUGGUUUGUGUUUGAGUUUUACUGAAAAUUUUAAAUUAUAACUUAAAAUAUUUUAUAAUUUUUAAAGUAUGUAUUUAUUUAAGCUUAUGUCAGACCUAUUUGACAUGACACUAUCUGACAAUAAAAAUGUUUAUAUUUA